GAUCCCCAGAGUUGGGUCUGAGAGCAAUCAGUAGAUGAGGCUGAGCUAUCAGACUUGCCUUGGAAGUCAUCAGAACCGUCCAAUGACAUAUACCUGGAUGCAGGAUACUGACCCUGAUGGUAAUGUUUACUGGUGACAGAUCAAAUAGAUAUGCCAGGUGUGGAAGACAGAAGAAGCAGCCAGGACCAAGCUGCUGAAGACCCUAUGACAUCCUCACUGACUGGAGAAGCUACCAAAGAACCAGCAGCUAAACUUUGCGGCAAUUUGGCAAAGCUGUCAGGGAAAGGGCCCCUGAGGAGCUUCAAGAACCGCUGGUUUGUCUUUGACCCUCGGAAGUGCUACCUCUACUACUUCAAGAGCCCUAAUGAUGCCCAGUCCCUGGGAUAUAUAGAUAUUGGAGAUGCUUCCUUCAGCUAUGACAUGGAGGUGGAAGAAGGCCAGUUUGAGAUCCGUAGCUCUGGACGGGUUUCCAUCCUCAGGGCUUCUAAUAGGCAGGCCAUGGCCUACUGGUUACAGGAAUUGCAGCAGAAACGCUGGGAGUAUUGCAACGUCCCUGGCACAUCAAAGAGAGACAGUAUACUGAACACUGUGGCUCUGGAAGGCCCAGCUGGACUGGUGGCCAAGGAAAGUAUAGACAAUACCAGUGUGCCGAAUGUUAAUGAUGCUGCAGAGAGAGCUCGGAACCACUUUGCGGUUGAGAUGUGUCCAGGUGUACUUGGUGACCAGACUUCGGACCAUAGCUCUGGGCAUACAGCUGCAGUGCAAGGCCUGCUCAGACAGUGGAGCAACGAUAUCAGAAACUCUGUGCAGAACUUUAGACCUGGCAGAAGUGGCCAUGAAACCAGAAAGAGUACAUUCUACACAAAUGAGGAAUGGGAACUGCUGAAUCCCACUGUUAAAGAACUUGAGGAAUCACUCCUACAUGAGGAGAGGAAGAGACCUUCAAUGGAAGCAGGACAAAAAAAUCCAGGAAUGGUUUUCCCAUUUGAUUUUCCACGCCUCCCUGCAAAAGUCAAGCGCCCAUUAUCACAUUUUAAUAAGAAUUCAAGCAUCUUGGAUAAUUCUCCUGUGGAGUCUGUACCAGGAAAUGACUCAAAAGUUGACUUUGACCUUCAGCUAAAGCUUCAGAACCAGCAGGGGGAGCUGGAAAGACUAAGGCAGGAGCUGAACAGCCAAAAGGAACUUGUAAAGCUUUUGCAGCAGUCACUGAGGUCAUCGCAGUACGAUAAAUACCAUUCCAUCCCAUUCAGUGAUGGGCCCUCUAAAGAUUACUCAACCUUGCUGCAACAAAAAGAUGAUCAAAUUCAGGAACUGAAUCAUCUGCUGGAGAGGAAAGUUCAGGAGGAAGAGAGCCCUCACCAUCAAACUGAGGACCUUAAACAUAGCAUGGAGAAUUUAAAGGAGCAGCUCAACAUGAUGAUGGAGACAAUACAAGCAAAAGAUGAAGUGAUUAUACGGUUAUCCAGACAGAUUAGUGACUAUGAGCAGUUAUCCCCUUUAUCUAGUAAAUCCUCAGAAAGCCUGGCAAGUUCUCACAAGGACCAAGAAGAGCUGAGCCGGUUACAAGACAGUCUGCAAGGAUACAAAGCACAAAACAAGUUUCUUAACAAAGAAAUCUUGGAGCUUUCAGCUCUGCGAAGAAACUCUGAAAAAAGAGAAGAUGAACUGGAAGCAAAGUAUUCUACCCUAGAGGCCAAAAUGUGUCAGAUUGAGAGCAAGUACCUUGUCCUCCUUCAAGAAAUGAAGACUCCAGUGUGUUCUGAUGAGCAAGGACCCGCUCGGGAUAUGGUAAACCAGCUGUUGGAGGAUGCGCUAAAGGUGGAAACAGCUGAACACACUUUCAUCAGACCGCAUGCUAUGAGCAAACACGACCUCUACGGAUUCCAGAUCCUCCCUGAGGAUGAAGAUGAGGAGGAAAGAUUGGUGGCCAAAGUAAGGGCCCUGGAUAUAAGAUCUUUGUCCCUGUCCGAUAACCAAGAGAUUUCAACAGUAGUGAAGUGGGAAAACUAUUUUGCUAGCAUGGUAAACCGAGAAAUGGGCCGUUCACCAGAGCUGAAAAGCCUUGUCCGAAAUGGGAUCCCCCAUCAACAUCGUUCUAAAAUGUGGAAAUUGUUCGUAAAUCAACACAUUAAGAAAUUAAAGGAUGAGGUCGCUCCGGAUUACUUUGACAUCCUUCUCCGAAAUGCUCUUGAGAAGCAAAAUCCAGCCUCAAAACAGAUAGAACUGGACCUUAUGAGGACACUGCCAGACAACAAGCACUACACAUCACCCACCUCUGAGGGCAUCCAGAAGCUACGCAAUGUCCUGCUAGCCUAUUCCUGGAGGAAUCCUGAUAUUGGUUACUGCCAAGGACUGAACCGGUUGGCUGCCAUAGCACUGCUUUAUCUUGACCAGGAAGAUGCUUUUUGGUGCCUAGUUACAAUUGUAGAAGUGUUCAUGCCACGGGAUUACUACACCAAAACACUCCUGGGAUCCCAGGUGGAUCAAAGGGUUUUUAAGGAUCUCAUGAGUGAGAAGCUGCCCCGUCUCAGUGCUCAUUUUGAACAGUACAAUGUGGAUUCCACUCUGAUUACAUUUAACUGGUUCCUGGUGGUGUUUGUGGAUAGUGUGGUUAGUGACAUCUUCUUCAGGAUUUGGGACUCUUUCCUGUAUGAAGGGUCAAAGGUGAUUUUUCGCUUUGCCCUGGGGCUGUUUAAAUACAAAGAGGAGGAGAUUUUAAAAAUCCAAGACUCUACAUCCAUAUUUAAGUAUCUGCGAUAUUUUAGCCGGACCAUUCUUGAUGCAAGGAAACUCGGCAACAUUGCAUUCGUCGACAUGAAUCCAUUUCCCCUACGCCAGAUUCGCAACCGCCGCACAUACCAUUUGGAGAAAGUGCGUCUAGAGCUGUCUGAGCUAGAGGCCAUCCGUGCCGAUUUCAUAAGAGAGCGAGAGACCAACCCAGAGAGGAGAGACCUCAUCAGUGACGAUGAUGAAGAUGGUUAGGCUGAGGAAGAUGCAACAGAAGAUUUCAU